CUGUCUCUUUAACUAAAGUUCAAUGUCCACUAACAACAAACUGCUCCAAGAUGGAACUCAGAGCUGCAGCCGUGAACGCCUUAUCCCAGCACCGUAAAGCUGCUCUGUUGAUCGGUGGGGCUGGCGCUGCACUGCUCGGCCUCGCGGUGGGUUAUAAAUAUCUGCGCAAACCAGAAAAACUCGUGCGUGUGGGCGUCGUGUCGCAGCUUCUCGUCCACCCGCUCAAAUCUGGGAAAGCGCUCUCCGUGGCGCUCGCGGAGUGCCUCAGGACUGGACUCAAGUUUGGAGAGCUGCAGGAUCGACACUGGAUGGUGGUGACUGAAGAUGGCCACAUGGUGACCGGACGACAGGAGCCCCGUUUAGUCCUGAUGACACUCACCUGUGAGGGGGGACAAAUUUGUCUGAACGGGCCCAAUAUGGAGGAGCUUAAAUUCCCUAAGAAGAAUCCACAAAACAGGGUCAUCGACUGCAGAGUGUUUGGGGCGGACAUACAAGGAAGGGACUGUGGAGACGCUGCCUCCUCUUGGAUCACUCGCUAUUUCAAAGCAGAAAAGACCUAUCGUUUGGUGCACUUUGAACCCCACAUGAAAGCCAGGAAACCAGAGCCGCUUUUCCCAAAAGAUGAGGAGGUGGCAUACCCGGACUCUGCCCCUGUUAUGAUUCUCUCUGAAGCAUCAGUGAAGGACUUGAGCAGCAAACUGGACAAGCCAGUGACAGUGGAGCGUUUCCGGCCAAAUAUUAUCAUCAGCGAUUGUGAGCCAUUUGAUGAGGACUCUUGGGAGGAGAUCCAGAUUGGCAGCGUGCGACUGAAGCGUGUGAUGGCGUGUGGAAGGUGCCUUUUCACCACAGUUGAUCCUGAAACCGGUGUAAUAUCCAGGAAAGAGCCUCUGGACACACUGAAAAUUUAUCGUUUGUGUGAUCCGUCUGAGAAACACCUCUAUAAGUCCUCUCCUCUGUUUGGGCAGCUGCUCACUGUGAACAAAACAGGAAUCCUACAGGUCGGAGAUGAAGUUUUCAAGAUUGUUCGCUGAGGAAAAUAAAACAUAAAAAAAUAUUCUAAAAAACAGAUAAGGUUCAAUACAUUCCUCCAUCUGACAUUUUAUCAGCACUAAAUAUGCGUCACAAUAGUCUCUGGGGUCUACAGUAAAAGUGCACUUAAUGCUUAUUUUUAGAGGAAAUUAACCAUUUCAAUAAUUGUACAAUUAUUUUAAUCCAGGUGCUACAAACACUGCCAAAUCAGUAUCACUAUCUAACUCAAAAAAUUUGAAAUAUAGUUGCACUAGCAGACAUUUUAUUUUAAACAGCUGACAUAUGUAAAAAA